AGUCCAAACGCGGGGAUUUCUGCCACGCGAUGACGUAGCGCCGAGUCCUCCGGUCUCUGCGGCGGAAGAUGGCGGACAGCGGAACCAUCGCAGCGAAAAGAUGCGACUCUGGCUCGCUGUCCUCUGUGAGCAUGGACACCAUCUCGGCGCUGACGGAGCUGGAGGACCUGGAGAGGGUUUACCACCAGCUCUGCUCGGAGGAGAAAGAAGUGGAUUCUGAGCUGGACAGACUGGUGGGACAGGAAGGGACCAUUCACACAAAGAUGCUAGCACUGCAGAGGAUGGGGCCCAGCUUGCAGUUGAUUGGUGGAGAUGCCAGUCAGUUGUCGGGUAUGAUCACAUUUACCUGCAGCCUGGCUGAAAACGUCAGCCGCAAAGUCAGACAGCUUGACCUGGCGAAGACACGGCUGUACAACGUCAUCCAGCGUGCAGACGACAUCCUCGAUCUGAAGUUCUGCACAGACGGCGUGCAGACUGCUCUACAUAACGAAGAUUACGAGCAGGCUGCCGCCCACAUCCACCGUUACCUCUCUCUGGACCAGUCGGUUAUCGAGCUCAGCCGUCAGGGAGAAGAGAGCAGUGCUGUGGAUGCCAGUCUGGUGAUGCUGCAGGAGGCAGAGAAGAAACUGAAGGUGAUCGUUGCUGAGAAGCUGGAUGAAGCUGUUGCUGCAGUUGACCUCUCACAAGUGGAAAGGUUUUUCAAGAUCUUCCCUCUGUUGGGACUCCACCAGCAGGGCCUCGCCCGUUUUGGCCAAUAUCUCUGCAGUCAGCUUGCCUCCAAAGCUGAGGAGAACCUGAUCUUGGCUGCAGGAGGAGAGCUGGGCGAGAAGAGAGCACCGCUUGUAUUUGCAGACACUCUGACACUGUUGCUUGAGGGUAUUGCUCGUGUAGUCGAGACUCAUCAGCCCAUAGUAGAGACGUAUUAUGGUCCAGGCCAUCUCUACACACUCAUCACCCACCUGCAGCAAGAAUGUGACCAACAGGCCCAGAAAAUAGUUGACAAGUUCAUCCAGCAGAGAGGAUACCACAACAAGUUUCAGGUCGUCCAGAGUAGCAUGAUGAAGAAUACGCCGGGAGAGGGAAUCGAGCCCAAAGAACUGGACCCUGUACUGACUGAAGUAACCCUGAUGAACGCAAGGGCCGAGCUCUACCUGCGCUUCCUACGCCGUCGCGUGCUGGCUGACUUUGAAGUCGGGGAUGCUCAGAGCGUCACGCAGGAGCACCAGCAGAACGUGGAGAAGCUCCUGAAACACUGUUUGCUGAGCAGGACGAUGCAAGAGCUGAUUGGAUACUAUGUUCCAAUGGAAGAGUACUACAUGAGAGAGUCUGUCAACAAGGCUGUUACUAUGGAUACAUAUGAAAAGGGUCAGCUGAACUCCAGUAUGGUGGAUGACUGUUUCUAUAUCGUGAAGAAGUGCAUCAGUAGAGCGUUAUCCAGCUCCAGCAUCGAUUGCCUCUGUGCCAUGAUCAACCACGCCAACUCUGUGCUGGAGUCUGACUUCAGGGAGGUGCUAAAUAAUAAGCUGCGGCAGGGGUUCCCAGCUACGACACUUCAGGACAUCCAGCGGGGCGUCAGCAGUGCGGUCAGUCUGAUGCAGAGCAGCUUGCAGCAGGGGAAGUUCAACACAAUGGGAAUCGAGAGUGCUGAAAAUGCCAAAGCGGCAUUUCUGGUGACUCUGAAUAACGUUGAGGUGUGUAGUGAGAACAUCACAACGUUAAAGAGGAACCUUGAGAAUGACUGCUCCAAGUUGUUCAAUCAGGGCCCCGGCUCUGGGGAACAAGCUAAGAUCGAAAGCUGUCUGUCUGACCUCGUCAAUACAUCCACCAAGUUCAAGGAUCUCUUACAGGAGGGUCUGACUGAGUUAAACACAACAGCUAUAAAGUCUCAGAUCAAACCCUGGAUCAGCGGUUUCCUCUCCAUCACACACAACAUAGAAGAGGAGGAGUUUAAUGAUUACGAAGCUAAUGAUCCCUGGGUGCAGCAGCUCAUCAUUAACUUGGAGCAGCUCAUGACGGAGUUCAAGACGGCCUUAUCUCCUAUCAUCUACGACACUCUGACCAGCCUGAUGACCAGCUUGAUAUCUAUUGAAAUGGAGAAGACGGUUCUCAAAUGCUCAUUCAGCCGGCUCGGAGGGCUGCAGUUCGAUAAAGAGCUUCGGUCUCUUGUGGCGUAUCUCACCACCGUGACCACCUGGACCAUCAGGGACAAGUUUGCUCGCCUCACACAAAUGGCCACCAUCCUCAACCUGGAGAGGGUAACCGAGAUCUUGGAUUACUGGGGCCCAAACUCGGGCCCUCUGACGUGGCGGCUGACCCCGGCGGAGGUGCGUCAAGUUCUGGCGCUUCGCGUUGACUUCAGAAGUGAAGAUAUCAAGAGGCUGAGACUGUAACUGAUGAAAUGAUUGACCUGCAAUACCCACCGUGUGAUGCUUUGCACUAAAGAGUUCUGCACAAUCCAGGUUUAAUCCAUGUUUCUGUAAAUGGAGGCGGGUGGAGCUUGGGCAAAUGGCCAGGGAUUUUAUUUUUGUCUGAAGCCAAAAUCCUGGAGAUUCUGGAGAUUUCAGUCUGUUUUUUCAGUCUCUGCCUUCUGCUCCGCACACAGCUGAUGUCGGCCCAUAUCACAGUUACAGCUCCGGUUUUAAGGGCGUAGCCUUUAGUUAACGUUGAACUAUUAAAAACUAAUGAUCUGUAAAUUAUGAGAAUAUUAACUAAAAAGCAUAAUCGUGUCAGACCGGGAGUUGCGACCUGUUAAUCUGUAUCUGAGAAACGAACACACUGGGACUGAGGGGAGCCGUCAGUGAAACAGAGCAGUAAUGAACGUCGCACCCAUUAAACUGACAGAAGCAGGUCACACAGCUGAUCCAGCCUAGUCACUCAAUAUAUGAAUAGCGCCUUGUCUCUGAUGAUGAAACACUUUUAACCUAAUAAAUUGAGAGCUGUUCUGCAACGCCUCUGAUCCCUGCCAUCCGCCACAUUUCACCAAGUGCUGGCCCAUUGCCGUGCAAGACCUGAUCCCAAUCCCAAUACACAUAUACAUAUUCCUGACACUAAAUGCAAAGCUGUGUUCACUGGGCAAUAAAGCAUUAAAGGUGGUCCAUACUCAU